GAAGAAGAAAAUGUCAUUAUUAAUUAAAAGUUAUAUAAAAUGAUCUUCAAAAUUUGAACUAAUUUUAAAAGAUGACACGAUUUAUGGAAUUUGUGAAAAUUUACUGGAAAAGUUUGUUUACAAUAUUUUGGCCCUUCAUACCAGCAUUUAUUUUUAUAUACGACUAUUCCCCUCCUUACCGAUGCAUAUAUGUAGUGAUUAUUAUGUGUGGAUAUUGGAUAACAGAAUGCAUACCACCACCUAUAACUUCUUUAAUACCGAUGAUAUUAUUUCCGCUGAUGGGCAUUUUAAGUUCAGACAAAGUCGCUGCAAAUUAUAUGAAUGAUACGAACAUGAUGCUUAUCGGAAGUAUUGUGAUAGCAAUUGCAAUGGAAGAAUCAAGACUUCAUAUCAGAAUAGCUUUAUAUGUUAUUAAAUUCGUGGGCUGCAGUAUAAAACGUUUGCAUAUAGGUUUAUGUGUAGUAACUGCCUUUAUUUCGAUGUGGAUAGCUAACACAGCGGCGACUGCAUUGAUGUUGCCAAUAGUAGAAGGUUCGCUGGUUGCUAUGCAAGAACAAGGUUUGCUACAGAUGUGGAAUAGGGAAAAAGAUGCAAAAAUUGUUAAUAAAGAUGGAGAAGAGGAAGAAGACCUAAGUCCUACAGAUAUAACAAUGUGCUACUAUAUAUCUAUUGCUUAUUUGGCAACUAUAGGAGGUACGGGAUGUAUAAUCGGAUCCGGAUCUCAUUUAGCUUACAAAGGAAUUUAUGAAACAAGGUUUCCAGACGGUCCUGGAGUUGAGUUUGCUAAGUGGAUGAUGUUUAAUAUUCCCAUUAUGACAAUAAACGGUAUAUUAACAAUUACAUGGAUGCAAUUUUGGUUUUUCGGUCUAUUUAGACCUCGGUCCAGAAAAGCCAGAGCAGUUAACUUAAGUGCAGAAGCAGAAAGGGUAGCAAAGGAAAUAAUAGAGCAGAAAAUUCAAGAUCUUAAAGCCCUACAUUUUAGUGAAAUAGUUGUUGGUGUUAGCUUCAUUUUAUGCAUUGUUCUCUGGUUUUUCAGACGACCUGGCUUUAUGACUGGAUGGCCUAAACUCAUAACAGACGUUAAAGUUGGAGAUGCCGUUGUUGCAAUUAUAAUUGUUAUGGUUGUAAUUAUCAUCCCCUUUUAUCCGGAUUUUAUUUACUUUUUCACUAAAGAUGAAGAUAAAAGGCCAGUUGCUCCAACACGUAGUAUUGUCUCUUGGAAAACAAUUGAACACAAAAUGCAUUGGGGGUUAUUGUUUAUUUUAGGAGGUGGAUUCGCAAUGGCGGAUGCUGCUAAAGAAAGUGGAAUGACAGGACUUAUAGCUAAUUCCCUUAAGUCCUUUUUACAAAAUGACAAAAUCUACAUACUUAUAGUUUGUAUUGGUAUGGCCUCAAUUAUUACCCAGUUCCUAUCCAGCAACGUUGCUUGCGUAACUAUUCUCACACCUAUCAUUAUGGAUAUGUCCGUAGUGGCUGAAGUGCAUCCAAUGUAUUUAGGAUUGGCUGUUGCAUUAGCCUGUUGUCUUUGUUUUUUAUUACCAGUAUCCACACCUCCAAAUGCAUUAAUCGCAGGACCUUGUAGAGUUAAAGGUAUAGAAAUGGCUAAAGCUGGUAUUGGUGUGUACUUUAUCUGCCUAACUACAUUAAUAUGUAUAUUUCCCCUUUAUGCUCCUGUCAUUUGGGAUUUGCAGUUUCCAGAUUGGGUUAAAUAGUACAAAAAAUGAAUUUAAAAAAAUGAAAUCUAAUUUCUUUAUAAAUCUUAAUACUAAAACAUAAAUAUACAAUAUUU